AUGAGUGUUUUGAGCAUUAACUGUAGAGGGCUGGGCAACACCUCUGCAGUUAGUAACCUUCGAAAUUUAAUUCGAAAGGAGGCCCCGUCUCUGGUAUUCUUGAUGGAGACGAAGUUGAGUAGUGGAGAGAUGUCGAAAAUUAAAGCUAAAUUUCCGGGCUAUGAGGGGCUUGCGGUUGAUAGCUGUGGGCGCUCGGGGGGAGUGGCAUUGCUAUGGUUAAAAGAGUUGGAGGUCGUUCUUCGCUCUAUGUCUAUCCACCACAUAAAUCUGCUUGUGAAGAGGGGUAUUGGUGAUUUGGAGUGGCGUUGUACGGGGUUUUACGGUUGGCCAGAAGAUGUUCCGCACUCAGGCUACUCUUUUACUUAUGACAACAGCCAAAUUGGAGACGACAGGCUUGAUAGAGCACUCGCAAAUAGUUCAUGGAUGGGGUUGUUCCCGCAAGUUGUCCUCUUGAAUCUUGAGCGAGAAUGGUCGGACCACGCUUUGAUUAAAUUAAUGGUGCGUGGUGAUGAUAAUUUAGCUGCUAAAGGGGAGCGAGUGUUUCGCUUUGAACAGGUGUGGACUGAAAAUGAUAGCUGUGAAGGAGUGGUUUGGCACGCUUGGGAGAAUGGUGGGGUUACGGUGGAGAGCAGGAUAGCGUCUUGUGGGAUGGAGUUGCGUUCUUGGAGUGAUAAGGAGUUUGGGGCGAUCUUUAAGGAGUUAAGGAAAAAAAGAAAGAGAUUGGGAGUGCUUAAUAGAGGGGGUCGGUCAGUCGCACAAGUCAACGAGAGGAGAAAAAUUGUGAAAGAUAUUGCUCAGCUCUUGCACGUGGAGGAGGGGUAUUGGAGGCAACGUUCAAGGGCUUUAUGGUUGGUUUCAGGGGAUCGCAACACCAACUUUUUCCACAGGAAGGCAUCGCAAAGAAGUGCAAAAAAUAAGAUCUUCGGCUUGCUGACAGAUGAUGGUUUGAGACAUGAGGGCCAUGAGGCUGUGGAAAAGUUAGAGGAGGCUUUAUCGGGAAUUGAUCGUAGAGUAACCGAAGAGAUGAACGAGAAGCUCUGUUCGAAUUUUACAGCUGAAGAGAUGUUUAUUACGUUGAAACAAAUGCACCCGUUAAAGACACCAGGGGCGGAUGCUAACCGUCUAAAGCUAUUUCUUUCGGAUAUUACCUCAAUUAACCAGAGUGCUUUUACGCCAGGAAGAUUGAUUACUGAUAAUAUUUUGGUGGCGUUUGAGGUGUUUCAUCACAUGAAAACAUCGAGUAGUGAUAAGGGUUCUCUAGCUCUGAAAUUAGACAUGGCAAAGGAAUAUGAUAGGGUUGAGUGGGACUUUUUGAAGGCUGUUAUGCAGAAAUUGGGGUUUGCUGAGUUUUGGAUUGAUCGGGUUAUGCACUGUGUUUCUUCUGUUUCUUUUUUAGUGUUGAUGAAUGGGGCACCUUCUGGGGAGUUUACUCCAACUAGGGGUUUGUGGCAAGGUGAUCCUUUAUCCCCAUAUCUGGAAGUGGCUAGAGGCGCCCUAAAGGGAAUUAAAGUAGCUUCGUCGGCUCCUCCAAUUUCUCAUUUAUUAUUUGCGGAUGAUAGUAUCAUUUUUUCUGGUGCAAAUGCGGAGGAGGUGGCUACUAUUAUCCAGGUCCUUCAUACUUAUGAGUCUGCUUCAGGCCAAUUGGUUAAUUUCGAUAAGACGACGGUGUCUUUUAGCAAGGGUGUCUCGGAGGAUAUGAGGGUGGCUUUAGCUGGUAUUCUGGGGGUGCGAAUGGUGGAUAUUCAUGAUAAGUAUUUGGGUCUUCCUACGGUUGUAGGGAGGUCUAAGAGGGUGCUUACUAAGGGCAUCCAGGAUAAGCUUUGGAAAAAUCUACAAGGGUGCAAAUGA